ACGCCUGGCUAGCUGAUCAAUUUUGCUUGCAGUGGAGCUGCAUAUGCGCCCUAUUCUCGAAUGUUGUGGAACAUCUGCAAGCGAGCAACAACAGCAACAACAAUAACAACACAACAGAGCAAGCACAACAAACAAAGGUGGCCUGCGUUAGUUCAAUUUGAAAUUUGUACAUUCAUAACAUUAUUACUCACAUUACAAUUUGGACGUCGUAAGCGCGACAAGCGUACGGUUAAAAUAAAAUGCUUUAAAAUUGUGGAAAACGUGUUUAAAAAAUAAAAAACCUAAAAAAAUUCGUAUAACAAUAUUAAAUUAGACGUGCAAGUUCUAUUCAAGCAAUACAAAUUUUCGAAGAAUUCAGUUCCUAACGGUGAAAACCAGUUGCACGACAAAAACAACUCGAGAGCAAGAUCAAACCAAUCAGCAUAUUUCCAAUUGGAAAACUCGAAUUUGCAGUCUAAAAUGGACGCCAAAGAGGACAACAAACAGCAGCAGCAGGAGCAGCCCACACGGAACACGGAUGUGCCAAUGCGCACGGACAGCGAGAGCUCCACGGAUAGCACAAUGCGCUUUGUGCUGCCCAGCCUCGAUGGCAGUCCGCCAAAGGUGGUCACCAUGGACGAGGUGGCCGGCAUGCUAAAGGAUCUCAAGAACAUGGAGCUGGCGCAUGAGAUAGCGCUCAAUCCGGAGUUCAAGCUGCAGCCAUACGAGCCGCCCCUAGACAGCCUGGAGGGUCGCAUUAAGGCCAUGGUGCACAAGGCCUUUUGGAAUUUGCUGCGCGAGCAACUGGAACGUGAUCCGCCCUCUUAUGAUCAGGCCAUACGGCUGCUGGGCGAGAUCAAGGAGGAUUUUCCGCAGCUGCUCUCGCCGAACAAUGCGAAUGCAUUGAGCCGCAUCAAUGCUACCCUGGACGAGGCUCUAAUCCGCCAGCAGGCGGAGCAGGGCACCCUGGACUUUCGAUCAUACGCCAAUUUUGUCAUCCAGCUGCUGGCGAGCAUGUGCGCGCCGGCACGCGAUGAAACGGUGGCCAAGCUGCGCGAAAUCGAUGAUGUUAUCGAUACAUUCCGGGGCAUUCUGGAGACCAUGUCUCUGAUGAAGCUGGACAUGGCCAACUUUAUGGUGUCCGCGGCACGCAACGAUAUUGCGGCCAACUCUGUGGAGUAUGAGAAGCGAAAGUUUAGCACAUAUUUGCGCGAAUUUCAUGGAAAUGUUGGCUUUCCGGCCACUGAGGAUUGGCUGCAGCGUCAUCGGGCCGGCUGCAGCAGCAAUGAUGACAUCAUCUUCAAUGCGUUCAGGCAGCUGCUCAACUAUCCGGCGGACAAGGAGUUUCCGGAGCUGCUGAGCAUCGAUAAGGAGCGCUUCGGCGGUCUCAGCUGGCGCGGCCAGCGUCUUAUACUGUGCGCCUCGCUCAUCUCGAUAGCGCAGGGUGUGCCGGUCAUAUCGCAGCGACGCGAAAAUCGCGUCAAGCUGGCCCAGCAGCUGGACAUCCUUGUCCAGGACGUGAAGCGCGAGGACCAACUGAGCGCCGCCCUCGACGGCUGCUACGAGCAGAUACGCGCAUUCAUCAACAAAGCGCUGGAGAACGAGCAGCUGCCUCCGCUCAGCGAGCCGCAGCAGGCGCAGAUCCAGACCCAAGUCCAGCAGCUGGUCAACAAGACGUCGCCCGUGCGCACGCUCAUGGCCAAUCGAUUGGAUGGAUUUGUGCGCGUCGCGCUGCGCUCGAACGGCAACAUACCGCCGCCGCCCGCCGGCUUUGCGGACUUUGAGGAGGAGCUGGUCGCCUUUAUUGCCUCGUUCCGGCGUCUUGUCGGCUACAAUCACGCCGUCUUCGGGGAAUACUUUACCCAGCUGCUCAAUGGCAAGCAGCCCGCGGUCGAUGCCAACAACGGCGGCAGCAGCAGCACCAACAGCAGCAACACCGCCGGCAACAACAGCAGCAGCAGCAACAACAACAACAACAACAGCCUGGCAGCGACUGCUGCUGGCCUGGCCCAAACGGCCAAGCCUUAAAGCGAGCGAGCGAGAGAGCGAUAGAGAGAGCGAGAGAGUGUGAGUGAGAGAGAGAGGAAGACGACGCCUGCUGGGGCUCAUGCGUUGGAAGCGCAAAUGUUGAUGCAUUAACUAGCUAAAGCCCAAAAACCCACGAGCCACAACAACAACAACAACAGCAACAACAUGGACAACAACAUUUGUUAUGACACGCAAAACUGGCACAAAUUCUGCGCAAGUCCUUAACUAAUUAAGCCUAGCUAAUAGCCAAAUGCAACAGCAACAAUUGUUAAACGAGUGCGCUUAGAGCCAAGUGCUAAACUAGGCCUAAGAUAAAGCACCCAACACACACACACACACACGUUUGUGGGCUGCGUGCGAGAAGGAGGGCGUCUGUGAUAAAAGUAAAAGCAAAGAAAAGCCAACGUUCAAGAAGAAAACGAACACAACACACAACUAAGCAAAUAGCUAGCUAUAUUCGGGCCUAAA